AUGGUGAAGCCCAGCGCAACAGAGGCCUACAAGCGAAAGAAAACAAAUCGAUUUAGCUCGACCAACCAACAACCUCGUUGGCAUAAUCAAGCCUACAUGUUGUAUUUGGCUCUCAGGCAACAUACCGAAAAGACCAUGGCUCGUACAGACCUCAUCAAGUCCGCUUUAGCAAACGACAAGCGCAUUAGUGAAGAAAGGUUAGUGCCUAAAGUCUUUCGAGGAAAGACACCCAUGAACUCGGCUUCAGCUAUUUUGACCAACAAUAGCGAUCGUUACUUUAUACCGUUUAAGCCUGAUGGCAGCAAGUCCAUGCAUUUCCGAUUAUCGUUUGAACCCGGUAGCUUUGAAAGUGCGUUUAAAGAGUACAACGAAUGGCAGGCGAAUUUAGUGCAACAUGAUUGGCCGUACUGUUUUGGGUCGCAAAAGAAGCCUAAAUUGGACUUCGUGAAAGAGCUCGAGAUUAUGCAAACGUAUCCUACCGAGUUUGAUGAGUUUUUAGCCAACCGUAAAAGACAACGCAACUUAACAAAGAGUGAGAGUAUGGUCGUAAAAAAGACCAAGAAGGAAGAACACAAGGAUGAACAAGGUACACCUCGUCAAUGGCAGGAUAUUAUUGCUCUUAAGAAAUCCACAGCGUCUGCCAACGAUAAUUAUCAUUAUUACAAUAACAAUAAUUAUUAUGGCUUAUUUGCAAGUCGUCCAUUACCCCAUAAUAUACCAUUAGGCUAUUAUUUCGGCGUACCCAUGACGGAAGAUGAGUUUGACUCGAUGAAGGAUGGGAUAGGACAAGCAUCCGAGUACAGUUACAUGUAUCAAAAGACCGUGAUUGAUCCCACCGAUAAGAAUGGACGCAUUUAUUAUCAUGAUGGCGCACCACUCUGUCCUUUUCAUUAUAUCAAAGAAACCACCAUUCGAGAAAAGGUCAAUGUAGCAUUUUAUGAAGGCGAGAUCAAGAAUCAGAUUGUAUGUUGGACAAAGAAGGAUAUUUCGCCAGGCGACGAAUUAUUCGCCUUUUAUCAUAACCAUGACUUGAUACCAUCUCCACCUCAUACCUCUUCAUCACAUAUGCCUGAUCAUUCUCCUGAACCCAUUUGCCAAACACCUACUGACACACCAGCAACAGCUGCAGCUGCCGUAUCACCACUACUAUCUCCCCCAUUGACUCAUUUACCUCCCAUGCUCUCGCGUCAUCAAGACGCCAAUAACGAGUACUGGCAAAAGAAACCAUCGAUAUCUUCCAUGUUAAAUACAACUAUUCCGAUACUUUAA